GCGCUUGUUCAAACAACCAAACCCCGCGCGGCCGCGGGCGCCGCUCCCGCCUCUUACCGCGGAGCGCGCGGCGCCGCCCGGCAGCGGAAGGCGCCGGGGCCCGGCCGGAGGCGCUUCCGGGGCGGUGCCGGAAGCGGCGGCUGUGGAGGGGUCGCCAUGGUGUGCGACAAGUGCGAGAAGAAGCUCGGAACGGUGAUCACUCCCGAUACAUGGAAAGAUGGUGCAAGAAACACUACAGAAAGCGGUGGUCGUAAAUUAAAUGAAAACAAGGCGUUGACCUCAAAGAAGGCAAGGUUUGAUCCUUAUGGAAAGAACAAAUUUGCAAUAUGUCGGAUUUGUAAGAGUUCUGUCCACCAGCCAGGGUCCCACUAUUGUCAAGGAUGUGCCUAUAAAAAAGGGCAAAAUGAAGAACACUGGGCUUACAGUUAUCCUCUUUGUUGUUGCCUUCCUGCCAUGCAGUUGCUGAAGAGGAUGUGCAGGUUUCAAAUGGCAAGUCUGUUGCACCUGCUUGUUCUGGCAUCACUCCUGUCAUCAGCUCAUCUCUCUGCAGUGCCUCAGAUUGUACAAAUCUUCCAGCUCUGCUCCACCCAGAGAUGCUUUGGCCGUUACCCUCUGCCAGUCUUUCCACAGUCCUGGGCAAGAAUGGCUGGUGCCUUUGUAUUAUCAGUGGUCAUUAAAGCUAUAUGCAAAAGUUGGAACACAGCUGUUCAAAGUGGUGCAGUGAACUGUGUUGCUUUAUUUUCCUAAUACAAAGCUGUAAGGUUUCUAGAUACACAAGUUGGUUCCCCAGCAUGAGAGAUUCAUUAUUCAUUGAAAGAUGAUAGCCAGGAGACAAGCUCUUUACAUCUAUAAUGACAAAAUUUACUUUAUGAUAGGGCCUCUGUGCUGUGAAUAAAAUUCUGGAGCUACCAAAGUCUUUAGAAUUCCCCUUGACAAAUCAUUGCUUUUCUUGGAUUGGAGCUGGGCUUCUUGAUUUUGUAUAAGUAUAUAUGGCCUAAAUAUGUGCCUUUUUCUGUCAUUGGCUUUGGCUGUUGAAGAAUCCAAGAGUGGUUUUUGGCACUGACCUACCAGUUGCUUAAUAGAACUGUCUAUUCAAUGAGCCCUGGUUCAGCAUGGGAGCAUGAACAUACCUCUUUUGCUUAUGAGUUUCUCACUAGAUCACUGGUUUAGAAAAUAAACGUGGCCAGAUGCAAAAGGGAAUAGUAGUGACAGGAAAACUCUCCUUGAAUAUCAUGAGAGAAUGAAAACAUUGCUGCAUCACAGCUGAGGUUUGCUAUUAAGCUAAAGUAUUUUUGCUCUCCCAGUCAGCAGAACUGGUUGGACAGUACAAGAAAGCCUGGUGGCUGCCCUUACAAAUAACAGACCCAAGUGUUUAUUUUUCUUCUUGUGAGGUUUAUAGCUGUGCCUCAUAUGAAGACCAGUUGGUUUUGUACUGCUUGUCUUCCUCUCAGAUGUGUGCUUUUAUGGAUGAAGUUGUCUCUGAAAUUCAUCAGGAAACUGGUUUUUUAUCAACUUUUAUGGGAGGGGCCAUAGUUGACUUUGCAGAACGUGUGUUCAUCAUGUCUGUCUAAUGCAGAAAAUGCAAGUGCUCUGUUGACAGGGAGGGCUUACUUCUUGCACUUCAGGACAACAGAAAAAGCUGUGUUCAAGGAACCUGAAAGAAUCUGAUGUCUUGCCAAGAAGAAAGAUGCAUGAAGUAUUCUCCAUGUGGGUAUUGCUAGUAAAAGGUUACUUUGUUAUGUGGUUCAGGAAGGCACUACUGACAUUUGAUUUUUUGCCUUGAUGCCAUUUGUGAUUAACAUUUGUGAUAAACAAGUAGAUUUUUAAGCAAGUAGAUUUUUCAGGCACUGGUGACUCAAUGACCAAAUAACUAUCUAAUUAGUUUAGGCAGCCAUUUUCAGACUGGCUUUCUAGUAGAAAACUUCUCAAAACUACUCCUUCCUUUCUGUCUCUCUCUUUGCACUAAAAGAUGCAAACUGAACUUAGCAAUGUUAGUGACUCAUUAGGCAUCAGCACUUCCAGCAAAUGCACUUGCUGUGUGCUCAUCUGCCGAGUGCCAUUGGGAAAACAAAUGUUGAGCAGGGUUUGUUUUCUGUGUCAUCAUGGUGCUGAUGAUUCAAUUAUCAGUAUUUUAACUGUUUCAGGUCACAUGCAAACACAUAGAACUCGCAUUUGCCAUUUUCUGCUGGCUGAUGGGUCACAUGCAUCUUAAAUAUAUCAUAACCAGCCCAGUCUCCAGGAAAUUAUUAUUUGCUGUUGAUUUUUGGUUGCUCCUUUUGCUGCCAUAGAAGAUAAAGAUUUUAAGUUGAUACAGCUCCCAAAUUGUGUCAUGGAUAUUUACUGUUCUGAUAUGUUUACUACUGUUCUGUAACACAACAGUGCAAGUAAGACUAUGUGUGACAAAAGGCGUGGCUCUCAGGGAGUUGGCUUCUAGCCCAGUCUAAUUGUCAUAUUUUAUUGAUUAAAAUAUUUAAAUGCUAAUUGGAUUAAGCAAAGACUUUA